GUUUGACUCACUGGCCCCUCGAUGGCAGCGAGCGGCCGUUCCGAAGUCCCACUUGAGAGAUCCGGUUUCUGGAGGCGGACGCCCAGCGUAAUCACAGCCACUUGAUCGAUAUGGCGAUGCGGCAUGAUAUGCAGCUCCUUUACGCAUCUGCGACGGCCAUGAUCAGCCUUUUGGUGCCUUUGUGUAAAGCCUCCCGCGCGCGGGGUGGGAUCAUCCCGACCGACGUCCAGCCAGACCACCUCCGCAGUCCGGUUGGAUGGGGUGUAGGUAAUUCGGGGACCAUUGGCUCCCACUGCUCAACUCGAGACGCGCAAGGCCAAUGGGAUGAAGUCAGCGAAAAUGAAACCACCAAAACAGAUUCGCUGCAUGCUACAUGCGGCGUUCUGUUCGCGCCACGAUACCUGUCAGCAGUUCCCGAAACAUUCGAAUCGCCCGUUGUGGUACGUCUUCUAAAUAUCCCGCAUGGAAUGAUCUUCAGUUGGUGCUCUGGGGUCGCCGGGGCAACAGAGCAUCGAAGGCAACGCUGACCCGAAACGCCUGUAACAUCGUAACGUUAGUUAUAAUCUCGGUACUGCCGUGUCCCUUGUGUUGCCAGGCCGAUGCCGACGGCUCGACCAUGCCAAUGACGCGGAUUGGGAACAGCACCAGCUCAACGUCAUAAUUGAGGGAUGGCGGCAUCAUUCAUAGGGUAUGUACUAAGGUUAUUAAAAGGAACUCUGGAGAUCAACGGGGCA